UCAUCUUUUUCGUUACAUUAACCCAAAAUAUAAAGCAACUUAACACACCCACUGCACUCAUUAUCACCAAACCACACCAGAAAAAGCAACUCAAAAUACUCGCAGCUGAAAUGGCGAUCCCAGUGCCCAAUCGACAACUCUUCAUCAACGGAGAAUGGAGAGAACCUGUUCUCAAGAAACGCAUACCCGUCAUUAACCCUUCUACCGAGGAGAUCAUCGGCGAUAUACCAGCAGCUACUGCAGAAGAUGUUGAAGUAGCAGUAGAGGCUGCCCAUAACGCAUUUUAUAGGAACAAGGGCAAAGAUUGGGCCUAUACUUCUGGUGCUUUUCGUGCCAAGUAUUUGCGUGCUAUUUCUGCUAAGAUAACAGAGAAAAAAUCUGAACUAGCAAAACUUGAAGCAAUCGACUGUGGGAAACCAUAUGAUGAAGCAGCAUGGGAUAUAGAUGAUGUUGCCGGAUGUUUUGAUUAUUAUGCUGGCCUUGCUGAAGGUUUAGACGCAAAGCAAAAGGCUCCUGUUUCACUUCCUAUGGAAACAUUUAAGAGUCAUGUUCUUAAAGAACCCCUUGGUGUUGUUGCAUUGAUCACCCCCUGGAAUUACCCACUAUUGAUGGCUACAUGGAAAGUGGCUCCAGCCCUGGCAGCAGGUUGCACAGCAAUACUGAAACCAUCUGAACUGUCAUCUAUGACCUGUUUAGAGCUGGGUGAAGUGUGUAGAGAGGUUGGUCUUCCGCCUGGUGUUCUCAAUAUUCUAACUGGAUUGGGCACUGAAGCUGGUGCUCCUUUGGCAUCUCAUCCUCGUGUUGACAAGGUAGCAUUUACUGGAAGCACAGCUACAGGGAGCAAGAUAAUGGCAUCUGCAGCUCAGAUGGUCAAGCCUGUUUCCAUGGAGCUUGGUGGGAAGAGUCCAAUCGUGGUGUUUGAGGAUGUUGAUCUUGACAAAGCUGCUGAAUGGACUGCCUUUGGUUGCUUUUGGACAAAUGGUCAGAUAUGCAGUGCAACAUCCCGCCUUAUUGUGCAUGAGAGCAUUGCAAAUGAAUUUGUAGAUAGACUUGUGAAAUGGUGCAAAAACAUUAAAAUAUCAGAUCCCCUUGAAGAAGGCUGCAGACUUGGCCCAGUUGUCAGUGGAGGGCAGUAUGAGAAAAUAUUGAAAUUUAUAUCAACUGCCAAGAGUGAAGGUGCAACCAUUUUGUUUGGCGGAGAUCGUCCAAAGCAUCUUAAGAAGGGAUUCUUCAUCGAGCCAACCAUCAUUAUUGAUGUAAAUACAUCUAUGCAAAUUUGGAGAGAGGAAGUUUUUGGACCUGUUAUAUGUGUUAAAACAUUUAGCACUGAAGAGGAAGCCAUUGAGUUGGCAAAUGACACCACUUAUGGUUUGGGUGCCGCUGUGAUAUCAAAAGAUCUGGAAAGGUGUGAUCGUGUGAGCAAGGCUUUUCGGGCAGGUAUUGUGUGGGUCAAUUGCUCGCAGCCAUGCUUCUGUCAAGCUCCAUGGGGAGGCCUCAAGCGUAGCGGUUUUGGGCGUGAACUAGGAGAGUGGGGACUAGAAAAUUACUUGAGCGUGAAGCAGGUCACUCAAUACAUCUCUGAUGAACCAUGGGGUUGGUACCAGUCUCCUUCAAAGCUGUAAGAGCUGUUUGUGAGUAGUAAAAUGUAACUGCGAGUGCGCCAGAACAUAAGAAAUAAGGGAUUUACCGCAUACUAAAUUCAAAGCAUGUACUGGACUAAGAUGUGGGGAAGAAUAAAAAGUUGUUGCGAGGUGACAGAACUUA